UCAAGUGAUUGAGAUGAUCUAUACCUUCCACACGCCUCCCCCUGUCCGAUAUAUGGCUGAGCACUGUUCGCCCCGUGUUUAUGGAGUACGAGUAUGGCAGAUCCUUGAAGAAACGAGGCUCCCGGAGUCGUCUCAGCCAGAUCUACUCCACGAAAGGCAGUCAAAGCUCCAUUUCAGCUCAUCGAGCUGACUGCGACCUUCGGAAGCAGAAAGACAUCCAUGUCGGUUUGCGGUCGAAUUUCCCUGAGGCAAUGGCUAUUAAAUGCUAUGCCUACAGAGAGUCGGAAAUUCCUGGCCAUGUUCAUCAGUUUUGGGAGUUCGGUCUGUGGUCCAAACAUGUACAGUAUGCGGACCAAAAUAUCACCAGCCGCUGGUUUGGCAUUGGACCUGCAUGAGUUUUGAGUGGCAAAUACUUCAUGAGAGUGCUGGGAAGUCAUGAAUUUACCUCGCCAUGUAAAAUAUGGUGGCUUCGUCUAACCAGUUGGACGGACAUUUUGCGUAUAUGGAAGCAAAAUCUGCAGUUGACUAUAGAACAAGGCUGGAGAAUUGGUCUUUCUUGCCACUGUUUUUGCGAACUACGAAUAUAUAAACGCCUUUUCUGCCCAAGAUCUUGCCAUUAUGUGUAUGGGAUUGAUGGGGUUGUGCCAAAACCUCCAUGUGAAUUCAGUCUGCUGCUCGACAACGCGAGAACAGGUCGAUAAUCUACUAUGACAUUCGUC